UUCAGUGGUGGUGCUGAAUUGUUGUUUGACCAUAUUAAAAAACAUCAAGUUUCUUUACCUCAACAAAAUGAUAAAUGGACAAUCAAGAAGUUAUUAAUAUGGAUGAAAGAUAAUUUAUUAAAAGAAAGACCUGAAUUGUUUUUACAAGGAGAAACAGUACGACCUGGUAUUCUAGUUUUAGUCAAUGAAGCAGAUUGGGAAUUAGUGGGAGAAUUAGAUUAUGAAAUACAAGAUAAAGAUAAGAUUGUUUUUAUAUCAACUUUACAUGGUGGAUGA